CGCUUCCGUCUUCUCCCUCCCGCUUGUCGUCGGAUCGCGGUCGCCGCCACAGCAGCCGCUGCGGGGCGCGGUGUUGGUGGGUCGGUCGGCGUGUCGCUCAACGUCGGUGUCCGUGCCGUUGAACUGCCCGCCAUGGCUGAACUAGAUCCGUUCGGCGCUCCUGCCGGCGCUCCCGGCGGCCCCGCGCUAGGGAACGGGGUGGUCGGUGCCGGCGAAGAAGACCCGGCCGCGGCCUUCUUGGCGCAGCAAGAGAGCGAGAUUGCGGGCAUUGAGAACGACGAGGCCUUCGCCAUCCUGGACGGCGGUGCCCCCGGGCCGCAGCCGCACGGCGAGCCGCCAGGGGGUCCCGAUGCCGUGGAUGGAGUGAUGAAUGGCGAGUACUACCAGGAGAGUAAUGGUCCAACAGACAGUUACGCAGCUAUUUCACAAGUGGAUCGAUUGCAGUCAGAGCCUGAAAGUAUCCGUAAAUGGAGAGAAGAGCAAACGGAACGCUUGGAAGCCCUUGAUGCCAAUUCUCGGAAGCAAGAAGCAGAGUGGAAAGAAAAAGCAAUAAAGGAGCUAGAAGAGUGGUAUGCAAGGCAGGACGAGCAGCUACAGAAAACAAAAGCAAACAACAGGGCAGCAGAAGAAGCCUUUGUAAACGACAUAGACGAGUCGUCCCCAGGCACUGAGUGGGAACGGGUGGCCCGGCUGUGUGACUUUAACCCCAAGUCCAGCAAGCAGGCCAAAGACGUCUCCCGCAUGCGCUCUGUCCUCAUCUCCCUCAAGCAGGCCCCCUUGGUGCACUGAAGAGCCACCCUGUGGAAACACUACAUCUGCAAGAUCUUAAUCCUACUCAGUGAAGCUCUUCACAGUAAUUGGAUUAAUUAUGUUGAGUUCUUUUGGACCAAACCUUUUUGUCUUUAGAGUUGAUCAUUGUUUGUGAUUGCAUGUUUCCUUCAGCUCUGUUCUUGCUGGCAGCCAGAGAGGAGGGGGAGGAGUUGGGGGGGGGAAGCCUCCCAAAGGUAACCUCAACCUCUACUUUUGUGCAUUAUUCUGAGAAUAAAUUUGUUUCAAACAAA